CGGUGGAUGGAGACGCAGCAGAUGGUCGUAGAAGCUCGUGCGUUCCACCUGUAACGCUGGAACAGAUGCUUUUAUUCUGAAGUUGUGUCGACUUGUUUUAUUCUGGUCAUUUCCGUUCUGUUUCCGGUCUCUGUUGUUUCGUACUGAAAGUUUUUGUCGAUCAAAGAACUUGAUUGAUCGGAAAACAUCAAGUUUAUAAUGACGUAGUCCUCAUUUCGACGAAUCACAGUGAUGUACUCCCUCUGACGUCAACGCCCCUUCUUCCUCAUAAAAGAAUCGUCUGCUGAUCAUAAAGUUUAAAGAUCUUCAGAGCUGCAGACUGGCCAUGCUUUGUCUAGCGCUGUGUGUGUUGAGUCUCUCCGGGCUCGUCCUGUCCGGACCGAGCCUCCAGCGACGCUUUGACAAACUGCACCAGAGGCUGGACCCUGAAGUGCACAUGAACAUUACAGAGAUUGUGCGUUGGUGGGGUUACCCUGCAGAGGAACACCAGGUUCCAACAGAGGACGGCUACAUCCUGACCGUCAACCGGAUCCCCGGCGGACGCCCGCGUGCAGCAGGCCAGAAGCCGGCCGUCCUCCUGCAGCAUGGACUCCUGGCCGCAGGCAGCAACUGGAUCACCAACCUGCCAGACUCCAGUCUGGGCUUCGUGCUCGCCGACGCCGGCUACGACGUCUGGAUCGGGAACAGCCGAGGAAACACCUGGUCCAGGAAGCACCGCACCCUCAGACCAAACCAGGAGGAGUUCUGGAGGUUCAGCUACGACGAGAUGGCCCUGUUGGAUCUACCAGCUGUAGUGAACCACAUCCUGAAGGAGACGGGUCAGAACCAGAUCUCCUACAUCGGCCACUCUCAGGGGACCACUAUAGCAUUCAUAGCGUUCUCCUCGCUGCCAGAGCUGGCCUCUAAGAUCAAGUUGUUUGUCGGUUUGGCUCCCGUGGCAACCGUCAGUUUCACUAGCAGCGCCAUGACCAAGCUCUCCGUGCUACCUGACUUCCUCAUCUGGGACCUGUUUGGGAGGCAGGACUUCCUGCCUCAGAGUCACAUGAUCAAGUGGUUUGCAGAACACGUGUGUGCAAAGCGGCUGCUCAGUGAGUUGUGCGGGAACCUUUUCUUCGUCCUCUGUGGCUUUGACGAGAAAAACCUCAACAUGACUCGCAUUCCGGUCUACACUGAACACUGUCCUGCUGGGACCUCAGUCCAGAACAUGGUCCACUGGGCCCAGGCAGUUCAUGGAGGCAGACUGAGUGCCUUUGACUUUGGAGCUUCAGGAAACAUGAAACACUACAACCAGUCCACUCCACCUGAGUACCGCGUCCAGGACAUGAAGGUUCCCACCGCUCUGUUCUCAGGGGGACACGAUACGCUGGCGGACCCCAAAGACAUAGCGCUCCUUCUCACUCAGGUGUCUAACCUGGUCUUCCAUCAGAACAUUGAACACUGGGAUCAUCUGGAUUUCAUUUGGGGUCUUGAUGCUCCAUCACAGAUGUUUCCCUCCAUCCUGAAACUGCUGCAGAAAUACCAGUAGACUGUGUGUGUUACGCUUGAAUAGUGUGGAUCAUCAUACCCACUGAUGACAUCACUACAUAUGAUUUCAACACUUCCUGUUGUUGUUGUUUUUUAAAUGAUCUCCCCCUUUUAAACCAGAACUUUCUACUUCAGGGUUUUCUUGACUUGACUCUAAAGGACUCAGGAUUCAGUUAAUCUGCUACAUUAGCCGUGUGUCUAAGAGAUGCUAACUUUAGCAUCAGCAUAUAUUGAUCACAUUAAAAGAAAUAGCUUGGUGUUAACCACAA